AUGUCUGGUACCAUGUCUACUGCUCAAGCUAACGUGCUUGUCAACAGCGAGGAGUUCUUAGAGAAUGCCGUCCGAGCCACGGCGGAGAAGCUGCAGGAGCUUGCAAAGGAGGAGGACGAGGGAAAGGGCUUCUGCACCAUCUGUAGAGAGCGAGCCACCCUUGCGGACUGGCCCAUUCACCUCCCCACAUGCAAUCACAUCUUCUGCAUGGAUUGCAUCGGCGGAUGGGCGAGAAACUCGAAUAAGUGCCCCAACUGCCGGGCGAUUUUGUACGAGUCUCCUCCUCCGCCUCCCGUGUCAAACACCGAUAAUAACGCGGCCGUCGCCGUAGCCGUCGCCACAGCCCUCGCCGGCACUACGGACAACGACGAUGUCGUACUUCGAUGGGAUACCUUCGCCGACGGGGAGUGGGUUAACGGCAUGUUCGUCCCUUCGUACCCCGGCCCUAUUGGCUGGCCAGAUGACUCCCCCGGCACGCAAGCGGAGGGUGUCUGGGAUCAUGUAGGCGACUGAGGGUGAGGAGAUUGUGGCUAGAGGUGGGUAUGGGGUUUGUGGAGGAUUGGUAGGAUAGUGAGUAGGGGGGUUGGAUGACCGGGCGUUGUAGGCAGGCUUUUUGGUCUAUUCCUUGGCCGUUUGGAUAAUUUCGCUUCGUCUUCUUACCUGGGUUGGAUAGGCUCUGUAACGCAAUGCCGAUAGCCUUUUUUCUGCGGCUCCCUGUUUCCUGACUUCUACUUUAGCAUGUCCG